AUGGCAGAUGAUCCACAUAUCACAUCCGACUUUCUUGUUCCAGAAAACUCAAAGGCAAUCAACAGCAGUUUCUUCACUCUCACGGCCAUGCGAACGCUUUUCAAGCCCAACCCACCUGCAACUUUCUCAGUAACAAAAGCAACCAUGGCCGAGUUCCCAGCCCUAAAGGGUCAAAGUGUCUCUUAUGCAGCUCUGGAAUUCCCAGCCGGCGGGUCGGUGGAUCCUCUACACGCUCACCCUCGCUCAGCGGAGCUCCUGUUUGUCGUCCAUGGCUGUGUUGAAGUAGGGUUUGUUGACACAAGAGGAAAGCUGUUAACACAGAAAGUUGAAGAGGGAGAUAUGUUUCUGUUUCCAAAGGGAGUGGUUCAUUUUGAGUAUAAUAUUGAGGAGGAGAUUCCUGCGUUUGCUGUGUCGGCAUUUGGCAGUGCGAGUCCGGGGACUGAGUGGGUUGAUGGCGGAUUGUUUGGUGCGGAGGUUGAGGAUGAGAUAUUGGCCAAGUCUUUUCAAACUGAUGUUGCAACCAUUCAGAAAAUCAAGCGAGGACUUGAAGCAAAGAAGUGA